AUGCGGGAGGUCAGCGCGGCCCCGCACGGGGCGGGGUCGGGGCGUGGCCGAGCUCUGGCCCAAUCGGUGCUGAGCGCGCUGGCGGGGGCGGGGCUGAGCCGGGCCUGGAGCCGCCCCCAGCCCCUCCCCCUCCCGGUGAGGGGUGAGGUCACUCUGCGCUGGGUGGGGCCGGAGGGGGAGGAGCUCGAGCGGCUCCCGCUGGACCCCGAAGCUUUCUGUGCCUGGAGCGCGUCCGGCAACGCCACGGGGGGGCUGCUCUACGGCCACUACGGCCGCCCCCAGGACCUGUCCGAGCUCCGGGCGCGGGGGGUCUCGGCCCGCGGUCACGUGAUGCUGCUGCGGCUGGGGCGGGGCAGCCCCGCCCAGAAGGGGGAUGGAGGGGACCCCCACCUCAAAUCUGGGGGGAGGAUGGGGGACCCCAACCCUGAAUUUGGAGGAUCCGCCCCCUCUCCCCCGACUCCGGCGCGUUUCCCUUCGCCCCCCGACGCCGGCGCGUUUCCCUUCGCGGCGGCCGCGGGCGUCCCGGCGCUGGAGCUCGGCUUCGAGGAGUAUGGGACUGGGAGGGGGAUUGGGGGACACGGGAGGGCCUGGGGGACACUGGGAGGGAUUUAG